UUAAAGUUAAUUCGGAAAAAGAAUAUUAUGGUCUAACUUUACUUAUACUAAACUGGUCGUUUUCUUUUGUUUGAUCAAAAAGCAUAAUGUAAUCCGUGUUUUGUUGUCUAGGUGAUUCUAUUAGCCAUGCUUCUCGCCGUAGUCGCAGCACAACACGGUCAUCACCACGACCACCACCACGGUCACGCUUCCUCAUCACAGAGCCUCCACCAGCACCACUCACAUGGCACCGAGAAACACGUCGAGUACUAUGGUCACCCUAAAUACGAGUUCUCUUACCAAGUGAAGGACCCUCACACACACGACAUCAAGUCCCAGCACGAGACGCGCGACGGUCACCUCGUGCACGGCGAGUACAGCCUGCACCAGCCCGACGGCAGGAUCAGGACUGUCAAGUACCACGCCGACCACAAGACCGGAUUCAACGCAGACGUCCACUACGAGGGUCACGCCACACACGUCGUUCCUAAACACCACCACCACCACUGAUUCUUUGUUAUGCCUCAAUUGUUACUGAGUGUUAUUCUUGUUAUCUAAUAUGAUACUGCAAAUAAAUUACCUAGUCCCAAAA